AAGAUCGCGGCUCUCCACAAGGAGCUGUGCUCGGAUCCUGCUCGCAAGGACUACGCGGCCUGCGCUGGGCUGGUCCCGAUGUCCGUGGAGGAAGAGGCCGCCGCUCUCCACAAGGAGCUGUGCUCGGAUCCGGCUCGCAAGGAGUAUACAGCUUGCUUGGGACUGGUUCCCAUGAGCCUGCAGGAGGAGAUCCAGGCCUCUCUCGAGGAGUUGUGCGCUGACCCGCGGCGCCGGGACUACGCGCAGUGCGCGGGGUUGGUUCCCAUGAGCCUGCAGGAGGAGAUCCAAGCCUCUCUCCAGGAGAUGUGCGCUGACCCGCGGCGCCAGGACUACGCGCAGUGCGCGGGGUUGGUUCCCAUGAGCCUGCAGGAGGAGAUCCAGGCCUCCCUCAAGGAGAUGUGCGCUGACCCGUGGCGCCGGGACUACGCGCAGUGCACGGGAGUUUAG